CUCCCGGAAGCUGUCCAGAGGUCCCCACAGGAAAGCGGAAGCGGCGCGCAGCACGUGGGGGAGGUGCCGGUCCUAGGGUUCUGCGUCCACUUGGUUUGUGGUUGUGAGGCUGGCCUCCGCCACAGCAGAGGACGAAGCGCGGGGCGCGGGGAGCCCGAGAGACGCUGCGGAGCGGGGAGACGGGCUGAGCGCCAUGGAGGGCCCAGGGGAGGCGCCGGGCCCACAGCCACCGCAUCCCGAGGACCACCGCAUCCGCGACGGCGACUUCGUGGUGCUGAAACGGGAAGAUGUGUUCAAAGCAGUGCAAGUCCAGCGGAGAAAAAAAGUAACUUUUGAAAAGCAGUGGUUCUAUCUGGAUAACAUCAUUGGCCAUAGUUAUGGAACCACAUUUGAAGUGACCAAUGGAGGAAGUCUUCAGCCUAAGAAGAAGAAGGAAGAGCCUACUUCAGAGACCAAAGAAGCGGGCACUGAUAAUCGAAAUAUAAUUGAUGAUGGGAAAUCUCAGAAACUUACUCAAGAUGACAUAAAAGCUUUAAAGGACAAGGGCAUUAAAGGAGAGGAAAUAGUUCAGCAAUUAAUUGAAAAUAGUACAACAUUCCGAGACAAGACAGAAUUUGCUCAAGAUAAAUAUAUAAAAAAGAAGAAAAAGAAGUAUGAAGCCAUCAUUACUGUUGUGAAGCCAUCCACCCGCAUUCUUUCAAUUAUGUAUUAUGCAAGAGAACCUGGAAAAAUUAACCACAUGAGAUACGAUACCCUAGCCCAGAUGUUGACGUUGGGAAAUAUCCGUGCUGGCAAUAAAAUGAUUGUAAUGGAAACGUGUGCAGGCUUGGUACUGGGUGCAAUGAUGGAACGAAUGGGAGGCUUUGGUUCCAUUAUUCAGCUGUACCCUGGAGGUGGACCUGUUCGGGCAGCAACAGCAUGUUUUGGAUUUCCCAAAUCUUUCCUCAGUGGUCUUUAUGAAUUCCCACUCAACAAAGUGGACAGUCUCCUAAAUGGCACGUUUUCUGCAGAGAUGUUAUCUUCAGAGCCUAAAGACAGUGCUUCAGUUGAAGAAAGUAAUGGCACCCUGGAGGAAAAACAGACUACAGAGCAAGAGAAGGAAGACAGUGUGGCAGAAGCCCAAGAGAGCCAUCACCCACAGGAACAAGAAACAAUGGAAAUUGUCUCUCAAGAUCCAGAAUAUAAGGAGCCUAAAGAGAGAGGAAGCAAAAAAGAUUAUAUUCAGGAAAAGCAGAGGAGACAAGAAGAGCAAAGGAAAAGACAUUUAGAGGCUGCUGCUCUGCUGAGUGAAAGAAAUGCAGAUGGUUUAAUUGUAGCUAGUCGUUUCCAUCCCACUCCACUCCUGCUGACUUUGCUGGACUUCGUGGCCCCUUCAAGGCCAUUCGUGGUCUACUGUCAGUAUAAAGAGCCGCUGUUGGAAUGCUAUACAAAACUGCGGGAAAGAGGAGGGGUCAUCAACCUCAGACUGUCUGAAACCUGGCUCAGGAAUUACCAGAGAUGAAAGAAUCUCCUGCCUGUAACUCAGAGAAAGUGCCUUGGCUUUUCCUGACCCUUUUUUCUCCGUUCAUGUCAGGGUCUAUUACUCUGUAACUUCAGUCCAGAGACAUUUAAAAUGUAAACAAUUAUGAUUCAUGUUUCUUCAAGGCCUCGAGAUCAUUGUGGAGGGAAUAAAUGAUAAUAGCAAAUUCCCUAGGCCAAUAAGAAAGUGACUCUCUUCUCUCUCCCGGGAUAUCUUUUCAUCAGGUUUUCAGGAUUUACUUCUGGGCUCCAUGUCAGUUCAGGUCCUCUGGAAGGCAUUUGCUAAGAUGGAAUUAGCAGUGGAAGGGAUUUAUUGGGGGAAAAUGUCUUUGAAAGAUGAGAGAGGAAGCAGGAUUAGAUGGGAAAGCCCUCAGACCAUGGUGGAGGUCUGAUGGCUGUGAGAGAACGGGGAGAAAGGAAGAUGGGCGGGAAGAUCCUGCAGUGCUACCCUCAGAAGGUCUCAGCCAACAUAAUGGGGAACCCCAGAGCAAAGAGUGCCCAUUAAAGGAGCCCUAUGUUGAGCAGAAAUGUUGUGGUCCUGGUACCCAUGCUCAGUAAUCGACUUGGAGUGGCCCAUGGCCUCCCUGGCUGUGAAUGCUGCGGAGGAUCCCAAAGGAGCAGCACCUAGAGGCUUUCUGCUGCCUGAACUCCUCACAGCCGGUUCCCUCUGGAAGAUCUGAGGGAGCACCGCCAUGGCUGCCACGGGCACCGCCCUGCUGCUUGGACAUCGUCCUACUUAAUCUGGGAUACUUAAAGCCCUGAGCGGACCCUGCCCUUCAUGACAGUCAUCUUAUUGAGCUAUGGUAACGGCAGAGAAGAGAUCUUGUCAGAGUUAACAAGGUAUUGGGGCAGGGAGGCUCUGGAUAUGUGUCCAGUAGCUACUUCUCCAUGGACUGAAACUCCACUGUUGGCCAUGAAGCUUCCUGGAGCCAAUAGAAAGAAAGUUACGCACAGGCCCAGGAGUACUACACCAACCAUUUGUUUGUUUGCCACCGGAAACUUGCGUCAGGUUUGAGAGCAGCAGCUCCAGCUUUAUUUUUCAAAAGAAAACCACUUAAACCAGUUUCUAUACUCUUAUCUGCACUAUUAUGUGAAGGAGGAGCUCUUUAGGAAUUGAUCCAAUUAAAUCUUCAAGAGAAUCUGUGUCGUUUAAACUCUGAUUUCCAGCAUGUGUAUUGUUAGUAUGUGCUUUAUCUGCUUAGGAAAACAUGAAUGUCUUUCUGUCUUGAUUAGGUUUUGCCAGAUCGAAGUCAUCCCAAACUACUGAUGAGCGGAGGUGGGGGGUACCUUCUCUCAGGCUUCACUGUUGCCAUGGAUAACCUUAAAGCAGA